AUGACCAACGUCAAGCUUUUACAAAAGGACACUAUCACUCUAGACCGAUUCUGGGACAUCGCAAAUGAUUUGUUUCAUUCAGACAGGCAAGUUGGCGAGCUUAGAGAUAGCUGUACAGAGGACAAAGUCAAUACGCUACUGGUGAACUACUUGACUCUUGUUUGUGAACAUUGCGACCAGCUCACGACGCCGGACACGGAAGAGCAGUUUUACAAUGACAUCUCAGAGUACGUCACAUGUCACAGAUACUAUCGAUCGAACAUGCAAUUUUGCGUUCGCAAAAUGCUAUCAUUGCUCACGUACAGUGUUGGUUGCAAUGAGAGUAACUUGGGGCUAGAAUUUGACAUGCUGGAUAACGACACAAGGGAACAGGUCAACGACUCUAUUACAAUGAACGAGAAGCUGAUACGAAUAAUUGGAUGGAUCCUCAUAGUCAACUACCAGUCGGAUAAGGACGCUUUUUUGCAGAUAUUAAAAGACUUCAAUGGUUUUGAGACUCUGGCAGGUGUACUAUCGAACUACUCACGAAUAUCACACAAUUCGGGUGAUAAAGACCCGUACAUUACAAAUUACUCUCCCUAUUUUGAGCUCUUCUAUGAGCUUUGCAAAAACUACGAAUUUGAAAGCACAGAGCUUGAUCACGUCGAGUCGCAGCUACUUGAAUAUUUAUUCGAGAGCUUAAAGGUCGUGCCAAAGGAAAGCAACAUUUUGAACUUUAUGAAGUUCAAGCUGCUGCUGGUGCUCAACGAGCAGUUUAUGGUUUCUCAGUUUUCGUCGGCAGAGAUUUCGCAUCAGAUAGAAAACCGGUUUUUCAUCAAAAUGACAGAGAAUGGUCAACGAUUCCAAAAUUUCAACGAGGUACUUAUAUUGAACUUCAACAGAGAACAGGACCACGUCCUCCAAAUCCUCAUGCUCAAGGUGCUGUACCUGGUAUUCACCACCUCCAACACGUGCGGCAAAUUUUAUAUUAACGAUCUCAAGCUCAUCAUAGAUAUCAUGAUCCGAGAACUGUUCAAUCUGUCGACCGUGAAGGAAGAAGCGCUGAUCAACACAUAUUUACGCGUGCUGUAUCCGAUGAUACUCUUCUCGAGCAUCAGGGAAGAAGGCUACAAAAGAGACAGCAUGUCUGAGGUCCUCAGAUAUCUUGUCGGGGCAGAACAGACCUCAGAGACUACCAAACGGCUGGCCGAGCGGUGCCUGGUGCUGGAUUUUUUUGACGAGAAGUGUGGCAGUCCUUUAAUUACACGAAGCGCUGCGCCAUACAUUCUCUCGCGUGAGAACUCGUCGCAGUCGUCUGUGGUGAGCGAGAUCGACUCGCCUGACUCGCCAACUGCACCUGUCGACCGAAGCAGGAGCAAUUCGUCUAUCUCGUCGCAGGAUUCCAAGGGAAUCCAUCGCAAGCGGCCACCUCCCCCGCCUCCACGCCGGUACACCCAGAGAAAUGGUUCUGAGCUGAUGCUGAGUCGGACCAAAGUGGCCAAUAAAUAG